AUGCGACUCAAUAAUGCUGGAGGCCCUCAGCAUGUCGACCUGCGCAAAUCUCCUCGCCCCGAUCUCGACAUGGCAUCUGGAAAGCCUUCUCCAGUUGUCGCCUCCUAUGCUAGCCCGCCGCCUGUCAGCCGUGCCGACUCGCUCCGGGAGAAUGAUAUACCGCGAGUGAGCGAGCAUCUCUCCCCUGUUUCCAAAGUCUCGCAAGACGUGAUCGAGUCGAGGCGGACGUCUCAAGCAUCGUCCAACUCUCGGUACUCAGCCUGCAAUGGCUUCCCCAACAAGAAGACACACAUCGGCCCUUGGCAACUUGGCAAGACAUUGGGCAAGGGCUCAUCGGCCAGAGUCAGGGCUGCACGCCACUGCGUCACGCAUCAACCAGUUGCUGUCAAGAUCGUAGCCAAGCGCACCGCUCAUAUGACACAAGCUGGUAGUCUGACCCGCCUUGACCAGAUCGACAGCCAGCAGAUCGACAAUGGCAAUGGACUUAGGAGGAUGCCAUUGGCCAUUGAACGUGAGGUGGGCAUCCUGAAGCUGAUCGAGCACCCGAACAUCGUGAAGAUAUAUGACAUUUGGGAGAACCGUGACGAGAUUUACCUCAUUCUAGAGUUUGUGGAGAAGGGCGACUUGUUCGAGUACAUCAAUCGACAUGGCCAGAUGACUGAAGAGCAGGCCAUGUAUGUCUUCCGUCAGCUGAUGAGCGCCAUGGACUACUGUCACCGGCACAACAUCUGCCACCGCGAUCUCAAGCCCGAGAACAUCCUCCUCAAAGCCGACGGGCAGGUCAAGAUCGCAGAUUUCGGCAUGGCAGCCCUUCAGCAGGGUCCCCAUCACCAACUUCGAACCUCUUGCGGCAGCCCCCACUACGCCGCGCCUGAACUGCUGAAGGCAAGGGUCUACCAAGGAGCCAAGGCAGAUAUCUGGAGCAUGGGAGUCAUCCUGUUCGCCAUGCUCGCUGCCCGACUUCCUUUCGACGAACCUGACAUGGACAAGAUGCUCGCCAAGGCUAGGAAGGGAAUCUACCAAAUGCCGAGUUUCUUCAGUAAGGACGCAAAGGACUUGGUUCAUCGUAUCCUCCAAGUCGACCCCAAUGUGCGCAUCUCAAUGCGCGAGAUGUGGCAGCAUCCUCUAGUCUGGAAAUACGGUUAUCUCGACGAUCUUGGACCCGCCCAUACAGAGCUCCUGGACUCUCGUGGAGGCAAAAAUGUUGAGCCUCUCAACCAUGCAGACAUUGAUCCCCAGAUCCUGCGGCAGUUGCAAGCCAUGUGGCACACCUUCACUGAGCAUGAGCUGGUUGAGAAACUAGUGAAUAACCGGUCGAAUGAUCAAAAGCUCUUCUACUGGCUUCUUCACAGCUACCGCGAGAGGCAGCUUGAGAAUUACAAUCCCAGCCUCACGUACUCGACCAGUGACUAUCACCAUCUCCGGCCCGGCCCAUGGGCCAAGAGGGUGUCUACGCGUCAGUUCUCGAAGCGAACCGGUAAGGGACACGCCAGGAGCGUUUCUCGUUUCACAGUCAUCUCGAAUGUGGCCGAGACAGAAGCCGGCACCGAGGGCGGCACUGUUCGCAGUUACGAUCCUUACAAGUCAUCCAUCGUAAUGCGACCGGAGGCGAGCCAGGCCAAGAUUGUAAUCCACCGCAACAACCAGGGAUCUACCAAGGAUGUAGCAGCCGCCAUGUCGUCUCCAGCCUCUCGAGCCGGAGCCGCUAGCACGGCUGCUCGAAAGCGCAUGCAUUCUCAGAAGACCGGGACCACUGGCCGCUUCCAGUCACCCGGUAACUCGGUAAGCUCUCUCCGGAGCAGCAGGCAAGGUACGCCGCGAGUUCGAGCCAACUCGCGCUAUAAGCGAGGCGUGGACUUUUCGCACGUACGCAAGCGGUCUGUGGACGUCAAACCGCAAAAUGACGGUGUGCAAGUCGAGGUGGCCGAGCCAGCCGCGGCAGACGACUCAGAAAUGGCAGUGGACAGCCCAUCGUUCCGGGAGACGUCGCCGAUAGAGCGAUGCACGAUCGAGGUUACUCCUGCCCCUGCAGAUGAAGAUGAAGAGCAAGAGCAAGAGGAGCUCGCCAUGGACGCCAUCUCUGAGCAGGGUGUCGAGGUCAGUGCCAAGGUGGCGCUCCUCAGCGAUGAGAUCAGGCAUUUCAGCAACAGCAUUGCCAAGGCGUGGGAUGAUGCCUUCGCCGAUUCGCUCCUUACCUUGACGACUCUGGACGGGACUGGUGCGAGCCGGGAAGGGACGCCGUUCUCUCUCGACUUCGAGCUGCCCGGUAGCCCGGUCGAAAAGGAGGUCAAAACACCUACAUCUCAACAAGCCAAUCCGCGACCAUGGGACUCGAGACCCCUUCCGCCCACUCCGCCGACGACAAUCUCGACGCGUCUAGAGAUACUGGAGGCGGAAGCUGCACGGUCCCAGAGGACUUCCAUCGCCAACUCGCAGCUCGCGGCGGAGGUGGGAAAACACAACAAAUACAUUGCCAGCCUCGCAGUACCCGAGACCCCGCAGCCCGACCGCCGCAUCGUGUCUGCCCCGGCAUAUGCUGCGCGCAGCCAAGACCCUCGCCCGCUGCCUGCUGUGCAAGUCAAUGGCCAGGAGAACUGGCAUAGACAUGAUGCUGCUAAGCCGCGCAUCGUCUCCGCCCCUCCUAAAACACAGGCCGGCCUGCCGACACCGCAAGACCCCAGCAAGGGGCUGCACUUCCUCGCGAGAGCAGAGAACACUAUCCGCGUUGUCAACUCGCCUUCUGCCGUGCGACACGCGGAUCCCGUCGCCGCACCCGCUCCUCUCAACGUGCAGAAGAAACUCACGCGCAAGUCCCAGGAUCCUGCGCCACAGAAUACCACCACCACUGCGCCGGCAAGUGUGGACCUUCGACAGCAGUAUGCCUCUUGGGGACAGCAGAAAGCGCAAGGAACUGAUCGUGUGGCUUCUCAACCCGAAGCACCCCCGACCCCUCCGCAGAGCACAACGUCCGUGUCUGCGCCAAAGAAGCGGGGCAUCAGCUCCUGGUUCCGCAAGUCGUCCAGGACGGAGGUCGUCAAGGACGAGGCCGGCAGCGAGAAGAAACGCCAGUCGACCGCCGAGUCGGCGUCGAGCAAGGUGCAGCGCAGCGACUCGCAGUCCUCCAGCACGCUGCCCAUCCCUCAGGCCGCUGCCAAGAAGAAGGGAUUCGUGUUCCCGUUCUGGAAGGCCUCCAAGAGCGAGCAGAGGAUGUCGCUCGGCGGCCUGGAGGACGAGCCGCCUCAGGUGCCCGAGCGCCCGGUCAUCACGAAGCGGCGCAGCCGGUUCUCGCAGAAGAGCUGGUACGACGAAGAGUCGUCGGGCCGCAAGAUCGAGGCGAAGCAGAAUUGGAUCGCGCGGCUGUUCCGCGUCAAGCCCGAGAUGCGCUACCUCUGCCUCACGAUCUCGAAGCGCCGCGCUCGGCAGGAGGUGGCUAUCCUCUUGCGGGAGUGGAAGAAGUACGGCAUCAAGGAUGUCCAGGUGGAUAAGGAGCGCAACAUUGUGUUUGCACGAGUUGGCGCCAAGAAUUAUCUCAACUUGAAAGAGGUUUCGUUUGCUUGCGAGAUCAUCACGGUGAUCGAGCACGGCAAGCGCAACCAUCUCAGCAUUGUCCGGUUCACUCAGGAGAAGGGCGCGGCCAGCAGCUUCCAUAAGGUGGUGGAGACGAUGAACCUCGUCUUCAGCAACCGCAACCUGAUUGUUGCGGACAAGCGCAAGGCCAAGAUGAUGAUCAAGACGCUCAACUCUUGA